AGAUAACAAACCUUGACUUUAUAUAUACAAUUAAUCUGAUCAGCUCAGUGGAUCGCCGACUAGAAACGGAAAUGGAGGUUGAUCUCGACAACUUCAAGGCAACUGAGCUCACACUUAGUCUCCCCGGCUCCGAUGCGCCGAGGAAGCCGUCACAGGUGACCGGCAAGCGAUCUCAUGAAGAGAGCUGCAACAGUGAGCAGAGUAGUACUGUUCCUCCAGCCAAGGCACAAGCAGUGGGGUGGCCGCCGGUGAGAUCUUGCAGGACAAACAGCUUCAGGGCAAGGAAGAACAUGGAGAUCACAGCAGAGAAGGAGAAGAGCAGUAAUGGUGGAAUAUACGUGAAGGUGAGCAUGGAUGGAGCUCCUUACUUGAGGAAACUGGAUCUCAGGCUGUGUAAGGGUUACAAGGAUCUCACCCACGCAUUGAACAGCAUGUUCGAAUGUUUUUCCCCAGGUAGCUUGGAAGGGCACGGCGAUGAGUGUGGAUUCGCGAUCACAUAUGAGGAUAAAGAUGGGGACUGGAUGCUGGCUGGAGAUGUACCAUGGGAGAUGUUCAUCUCUUCAUGCAAGAAGUUGAGGAUAAUGAAGGGAUUUGAAGCAAGAGGCUUGGCUUCGAGGACAUAAACAUGCAUGAAGAUUCAGAAACUGAUUUAGUACGUAGUUUUUGGUUUGGAUCAUCAACAGAUCAACAGUUGUGAUAUUUUGGUUUAGCUUUUUCUUUUCACCCUUCAAAAUUACAGCCGAAUACAACUCAAUAUUCCAUAUACGAUCGAUCCUCAAGGAGAGGAAAUAUAAAUUUGCCAGUACUGUAUUCAUCCACUUUGCCAUAAGUUUAA